AUGCAUUUACCUGCUCAUCCUCGGCACCCGCCGCCUAUAGAUCAGCCGCUACGAAUUCAGAUCGAGGGACCGCUUAACUCUAUCAAUAAACUACUGCCUGGGGUAGACUGGCAGCUUGAGGGCGGAGUGUUCCGGCCGCCUCUGCAGGCAGCUGGCCCAGAGCUUGCCAGAGUGACGUUCCGGACAAUAUAUAGACAUGACGUCCGGCCUGAGGUUGAUGGCGAUAUGGUUGUGCGAGAUGAGUACCUAGGGUGGGUACAGGAAGAUCCUAAUCCGUGGACGUGA